UUAAUUAACUGAUUUGAUUAGAUCUUAAUUCUACACAGAAAAUAAAUUUGUACAAUCUUUUAACUAACUAUGGUAAAUUGAUUUAAGCAAUCUUUAAUUCAUUGAUACGAUAACUGAAUACAUGCAUAACAAACUGGUCUUAUUAGAUAAAUUCCCAUAAAAUUGUCAGAUGCCUUGAUUCUUUCGUAGCUGAUAUGUUACAAUCUCUUUAAACUACAAUAGUUUGAUUUUAAGCAAUCUUAAACACAGUAAUACAUAAACUGAAUACAAUAAACUAAAAAUAAUUAUCUGCACAAAUGUUUACUGCCUUGAUACUGUUAUAGCUGCUGGCACUUUCCCUCCCCAAUCACUGGAUGAAGCAUUUCUUCCUGGGUCACAUUUACCUGGAACUGCAGUUGAAUGAGGAGGGACUCAAGAUUUACCAACACCUGAUGGAUAAAGGGUUCGUCAAGAGUACCUACAUAGUGUCACAGGUUGCCAUGGCUAACAACAACAUGAGAGAGGUAGAUAUGGCAGUCAACGCCUUCACUGAGCUGACAGAGAUGGACCCCUACAGACUGGAGAAUAUGGACUACUUCUCCAAUACUCUCUACAUCAAGGAAAUGCGGGCUGAUUUAGCUCACCUGGCUCACAGGUGUUGUGACAUUGACAAAUACAGAGAGGAGACCUGUGUAGUUAUAGGUAAUUACUACUCUCUGCGGCAGCAGCAUGAGAAGGCAGUGCUGUAUUUCCAGAGAGCCCUGAAGCUGAACCCCCAGUACCUGUCCGCCUGGACUCUGAUGGGGCACGAGUUCAUGGAGCUGAAGAAUACGACAGCCGCCAUUCAAGCCUACAGACAAGCUAUAGAAAUCAACAUACGAGAUUACCGAGCCUGGUAUGGUCUGGGACAGACGUAUGAGAUCCUUAAGAUGCCAUUCUAUUGUUUGUAUUACUACAGACAGGCCCAGAAAUUAAGGCCAAACGAUUCAAGAAUGGCCAUGGCACUUGGUGAAUCUUAUGAGAAACUAGAACGACUGCAGGAGGCCAAGAAAUGCUUCUGGAAGGCUCAUGUAGUGGGAGAUAUGGAAGGAAUGGCCCUGAUUAAACUCGCAAAGUUACAUGAGCGCCUCAAUGAGGAGGACCAAGCAGCCUCGGCAUACACCGAGUACAUCAAUGAGGCCAACAGAAUGGGGAGGAGAGAGGAGGCCAAGGGAAUCCUUAAAGAUAUCCAAAACAGGCGGGCCAGGAGUGAGGGGGCGUACCCCCACCCCGUCAGGAUGGAUGACAGCCUGGGCUCCAUCUGUCCCGACCCCCUCAACAUCAGCACCAGGACCCCCUCCGUGUGUCUCUCCCCCGUCAAUCUCAAGUUUGAUAUCGGCGACGACUGACCAGGAACUAUUUUACAGUGUGUUCAUAGACUGACUGACAAGAUCUUUGCCAUUGUCAUGAACUGGUCAUCUAUUGUGUUUGUGUAGUCCUGAUAAGAUUCUGUUGGGUUACCUAGCUCACAUGAUGGUUCAUUAUAAUCAACCAGACAAGAACUGUGCAAUCUUCUCACAGCAUGUACUGACCCUGUAGUUUAUUAUGACACCAGAGGUCUGUUCAGCAGAGUUAACACUGUUACUAUUGUGUUAUAGAAAGAGGGAUAUACGGGGAGUUCCUGCUAAACUGGCCUCAGUUGAUUAAAAAAAAACAACUUGUUACAAUAAAAUGGUUAAAUGUUUCGAUAAAACAGCCCAUUCUUGUCACAGAUGGUUAUUGACUUCAUGGAAUCUUGCAGUAUCAACUAAUUAGUGCUAUGUGGUCAUUAUUGUUGUAUAAAUUUUUCUCUUGACUAUCUUAGUUUCUUGUAUUUUCAUACAAAACUGAAAUCACUGACUCAGAGUUUAUUCUUUGGAAUUAUUUUGAACUUAAUUCACACAAACACUUGUUAUAGCAAUUCAUUUAAUUUAAAAAAAAACCUCCCCAAAUAAAUCUAGGAUAUAAACUUAGUUACCACCAUGAUUGUAUGACCUGUGCUUUAUUUCUUUGGUGGUCAUUUUGAAUUUGAAAAUAAAGUGAAAAUACUGUAAUAUCUCUGUAUUUUGUGUGCCGUACAUUUGCACCCUAAAAAGUAGGGUGGCUCCAUAACUAAUAAAAAAUUUAAUGAUUUUGCAUUAUGUAGAUC